CUCUUUAUCUUUUUAUAUCGUAUAUUCAAAGAGAAAAGGAAAAUGUUUACAAGGCUGAUCAGCUUCUUGGUUCUUACCGGUUUCUACGCCGGCUUUGGGACCGGUCAACCUCUUGUACCGGCUCUAAUCAUAAUGGGAGAUUCUGUUGUAGAUGCCGGUAACAACAAUCUUCGCCUUACCCUCGUCAAGGCCAACUUUCCUCCCUACGGACGCGACUUCUUAGCCCACACUGCCACCGGUCGUUUCUCUAACGGAAAACUCGCCAUCGACUUUACCGCUGAGAAUUUAGGGUUCACUUCUUACCCGGUGGCGUACCUUAGCCAAGAUGCAGCAAAUGAGACUAAUUUGUUAACCGGAGCCAAUUUCGCUUCUGGUGCUUCCGGUUAUCACGACGGAACUUCCUUAUUAUACAACGCAAUCAGCUUGACCCAACAAGUGGAAAACUACAAAGAGUACCAAAGCAAGGUGACAAGCAUUGUAGGGAAAGACAAAGCCAACGAGAUAUUCAAAGGCGCGAUUCAUCUUCUUAGCACCGGAUCCAGCGAUUUUCUUCAAAGCUAUUACAUUAAUCCUAUCCUUAAUGUGAUAGUCACGCCUGAUCGAUUCUCAGAUCGUCUCAUGAGAUUUUAUUCAACCGUUAUCCAAAAUAUGUAUGAUUUAGGUGCUAGAAGAAUUGGAGUAACGUCGUUACCACCCUUGGGUUGUUUGCCAGCAGCGAUAACGAUGUUUGGUGGUAUUGGGAGCAAUACGUGCGUCGAAAGACUAAACCGGGACGCGGUCUCCUUCAAUACCAAACUCAACAACACGUCUGUGAACCUAGCCAACAAGCUUCCUGGUCUAAAAUUGGUCGUUUUUGACAUUUAUAAUCCUCUAUUGAACAUGGUCAUGAAGCCUGAAGAGAAUGGGUUUUUUGAAUCAAGAAGGGCGUGUUGUGGGACCGGAACAGUAGAAACUUCGUUUCUAUGCAAUGCAUUAUCGGUGGGUACAUGUUCAAAUGCUACCAGUUACGUGUUUUGGGACGGUUUUCAUCCAUCAGAAGCAGCCAAUCGUGUUCUAGCCGACAAUCUUCUUGGCCAAGGAUUCUCUCUCAUUUCCCAAACCUAAAUUAAAAGAUUCAAACAAUUAAGAUGACGUGACCAAAAUGUAUUAUAGACUAAUUAGCCUAAACAAUGCAU